CUUAGGCUCUAGUUCCGGGCUGGGGUCCGGAGAGAGGCUUCGCCCGGGUCACAGAAAGCUGGAACGUUGCUACUGGGCCUCGUGGGGUGCCAGGCCCGCUCGGUACUGCCCCGGGGCCCGCUGCCUCCCCAGCCCUGCCCCGGGGCGGAACUGAGCGAAGGUCAGGACCUGCCGCCCCGCCCCGUCCUUCCUUCUCCCACUGGCAGUCGCUCUUCUGUGAGUGGCUCACUAUUAACUUUGACUUCCGCCACGAACAUCUCCAUGGCGGCCUCGCAAGUCCUGGGGGAGAAGAUUAGCAUCCAGGCUGGAGAGACCGCCAAGGCCGGGGACGGAGACCUGCGGGAGAACGACUGUCAGGAAUGGGACAGGCCCCUCCCGCGCUCCUGGAGGCAGAAGUGUGCGUCCUAUGUGCUGGCCCUGCGGCCCUGGAGCUUCAGUGCCUCACUCACCCCCGUGGCCCUGGGCAGUGCCCUGGCCUAUAGAUCUCAGGGCGUUCUGGAUCCCGGGCUGUUGGUGGGUUGUGCAGUGGCAGUUCUGGCUGUGCACGGGGCUGGCAAUUUGGUCAACACUUACUAUGACUUUUCCAAGGGCAUUGACCACAAAAAGAGUGAUGACAGGACCCUCGUGGACCGGAUCUUGGAACCCCAGGAUGUUGUCCGGUUUGGAGUCUUCCUCUACACUUUGGGCUGUGUCUGUGCCGCUUGCCUCUACUACCUGUCCCCUCUGAAACUGGAGCACUUGGCUCUCAUCUACUUUGGAGGCUUGUCUGGCUCCUUUCUCUACACAGGAGGAGUCGGAUUCAAGUACGUGGCUCUGGGAGACCUGGUCAUCCUCAUCACUUUUGGCCCGCUGGCCGUGAUGUUCGCCUACGCCGUGCAGGUGGGGUCCCUGGCGGUCUUCCCGCUGGUCUACGCCAUCCCCCUCGCCCUCAGCACCGAGGCCAUCCUCCACUCCAACAACACCAGGGACAUGGACUCUGACCGGGAGGCGGGCAUCGUCACCCUCGCCAUCCUCAUCGGCCCCACCUUCUCCUACAUGCUCUACAACACGCUGCUCUUCCUGCCCUACCUGAUCUUCAGCGUCCUGGCCAUGCACUGCAGCAUCAGCCUGGCGCUGCCCCUGCUCACCGUCCCCAUGGCCUUCUCCCUUGAGAGGCAGUUCCGCAGCCAGACUUUCAACAAGCUGCCUCAGAGGACCGCCAAACUCAACCUCCUGCUGGGGCUCUUCUACGUCUGCGGCAUCAUUCUGGCACCAGCGGGCAGCCUGCCCAGGCUCUAAGGGGACCAGCAGCCCCUCCAUCAAUGCGUCCCCCUGAGAAUGUGUUGAAGGCAGAGCCUCUCAGGAGAGAAGGUGAUUUGAGAGCGAGGGACCUAAGGGUGGCUUCUGAGCUGCCACAUUUUUAAAAUUAUUAAGUUCUUAACGAUAGUGUUCUGUUUUUGUUUUGUUCUGUUUUAUGGGGAAUCUUGAAACCGCUCUAGUAUCCGCGGGUGAACGGCCCUUGUUUUACUUAUACUUUCCACUAGAGGGUGCUGUGAGGUCACUUUAAAGUGGACUAAAGAGCCCCGAGACUGUGAAGGAGCCACCUGGGUUGGCCUCCAGUCCUGAGAGGGCCACAGUGACUGGGCCAAGUGUCCUCCUGUUAUCUUGGUCUUGAAGGAUAUGGUAAUAACUGGUAUCAGACCCAGUGACACCAAGAGCACCUGUCUCUUACUCUGAGCACUUGUGUCCUGAAAUUCACUGCCUGAGAGAGUCCCUCAUUAACAGCCUAACGUGGCUCCCGGCUAUUUGCCUAAAUUGUGAUUCAGGGGUGUUUGUCCUCAGGCUCUCCUUUCGCUUCUUGCCACAGUGGAGGAAAAAUGUCAGAUCACCCUGCAGCAAAACAGUCAAGGGGGGCCUGGGAAGGGAAAAAAAAACCCACCCCCGGGGCAGCUGAGAAAAUCACUGUUUCUGGAUGUAAUUGGUUGGGCUGCGUUUUCCCUUUGUAGAACCCAUGGGAAUCACAGGGGGACUCCCUGCCCUGUCAGUGCCUGCCGGGGGCCCUGGAACGGUGGAGACCUGCCCUCUCCGCCAGCUGCUUACAGCCCACGGGGCUUCUCCGCCCCCACCCCCAUCGCCUUUCCUAAUGCCCCCCAUGCCCAUCUGUGUGUCUCGCAUCGUUGGAGCCUGACUCUCCGACAGCAGCUCAGCAGCUGAGUCAGGGGCAGUUGACCCUUUGCACCGAGCCCCAGGACAAGCAGACCCGGGCCCACCAGCUCCUCCAUGGAGGAACAAGGCAGUAGAUAAACAGUCCCAGCCCUGUUCAGACAAACAGUAGGCCCUGCCGGGGAAGGAACGGUGUCUUCUGCCUUAAAGGCAGCCGGGCAGCACCGACCCUGCCUCUCCCAGAGGCCUCGGGCGCCCUGCACCAAGGCGGUGUGCACGCAGAAUGGGGAAUUCCAGUGCCAAUCAGAGCUGCUUUCCAUUUCAUUGCCUGCGAGGUAUAAUUUCCAGGCUGCGUGUGUUCUAGGACUGAAACAGAUUGAGGCCAUCAUUGUAUUUUUCUGUUGCAAUGAUAGCCAUUCUGAUAGCUAUUUCAGGGGCUUGACCUGCGGAAAAUGACAUCGAAUUCAUUCUUCAUCCUUAAAAUCAGGCUAAUUAUAUGAUUUGGCUCCUUGAGUUGGAAUGAGUCGGCUUACUUGGAAAAAACAUAUCUGGAAAUUGCAAAAGUCCCUCUAGGUUGAAGGUGGUCUGUCUGCAGAGAGCCGGAACCCUCAAGUAGAGGUCGGAGCCCAGUCACAAGGGACACGGCCCUUCCCUCCUGCCUUUCUUCCCAGCACCGUUUUUGUUGUGCGCCAGGCUUGUGGCAGGCAGGACGGUGCUCGCAGGUCCUGCCGGCAGAGACCAGCUCUUCGGGCCCCUCCCCGGAGCAGGCUGUCCUCACACAGGGCUCCCCCCACCGAGGCGAUAGGACCAAGAGCUUCUGCGUCCACGGACCGGACCCGCCUCUGUAAGUGCCCUUGUCGGGUGUCAGCCUCCGCAUCGUGUCCUGGUGCAGAUUUUAAUGCAUAUUCUUGUAUAUAAAUGUUUCUAAGAGGCCAAACGUGGUGCUGGGUUUUAUACGCAGGUUGCCCUAAUUUGUGUCAUAUCCCAAUUCAAUGAUGGUUUUCUUUAGACUUGUUAA